CACGUCACCCCUCUCUCUUCAGACUUCACUAGUGGAGAAUUAUAAAGUCGGUGAAACGAAACUUCUCUUUCUCGCCGUCCUUUUCUAAAACCGAAGCUUCUCCACCAAUCACCGCCAAUGGCCGGCCACAACACCGCCGUCAACUCCAACGAUGUUUUGGAAACUCCGGUGUUAGACGUCGAGGCACACAGUCUCCUCCAAAGCAUAUCUGAAGAAGGUGGUUAUGCGUAUGUUAGUAUGUCAACACGCGCCGCUGAUGGAGACAUUAGAGCUGCAGAGGCGGCGCGUGAGGUGGCGUGGGAGCAACUUCACUCCGGGCCAUGGCACUCCGUGCUGCCUGUGUGGAGAGACGCGUACUCGAUGGCGUGUUUGCACGUCGCCAAAUUUCAUUAUGCUAAUGGCGAGUUCAAAGAGGCACUUAGGGUUUUAGACAUGGGAUUGAUAAUGGGAGGGAUGGUUUUGCGUAAGGAUUUGGAGUCCGCUGUGGGGAAAGCUACGGAGAGAGCGAAUGCUAUUCUUAGGGUUUCGGAAGAAUCUGUUAAUGGAUCUGCUAAUGCUAAAUUAGUAACAACUCAAAAUGCAAUUAACUUGAUCGAGACUCUUCAAAUCCUACCCAAGAACUCAUUAUCUUGUAAACAUGUUGGAAAGAGAUCUUCCCUUUCAUUGGAGGGUUUCAUGCGUGACUAUUUUCUCCCUGGUUCACCAGUUUUAUUAACUGACAGUAUGACUCAUUGGCCUGCAAUUACCAAAUGGAAUGACUUGAAUUACCUUAAAAAAGUUGCAGGAUAUCGCACAGUUCCUGUUGAGGUUGGAAAAAACUAUUUAUGCAAUGAUUGGAAGCAAGAGAUGUUAACAUUUUCUGAGUUUCUUGAGAGGAUUCAGUCCAACAGUUGUGAUGAUGACCAUGUCCCUACUUAUUUAGCACAGCAUCCCUUGUUUGAUCAGAUACAAGAGCUGAGAAAUGACAUUGUUACCCCUGACUACUGUUUUGCUGGUGGAACUGAGAUGAAGUCGGUUAAUGCUUGGUUUGGUCCAGCUGGCACAGUGACACCUUUACACCAUGAUCCCCAUCACAAUAUUCUUGCUCAGGUUGUUGGAAAGAAAUACGUGAGACUGUAUCCAGCUUCAUUUUCAGAGGAACUUUACCCACACACUGAAUCCAUGCACAAGAAUUCCAGCCAGGUUGAUCUUGACAACAUAGACGUGAGUGAGUUCCCAAAGAUCCAAGACUUGGAAUUUGUUGACUGCAUUUUAGAAGAAGGCCAAAUGCUUUACAUCCCUCCCAAAUGGUGGCACUAUGUCCGAUCCCUCACCACAAGUCUUUCUGUCAGCUUUUGGUGGGCUGCUCCUACUUCCCCUGCCUCACCAACAUCUUCAUUUUAGUAAAUGGUAAUCACCACAUUUUUAUAUAUUAAUUAGAUAUAACUCUUUUUUAUGUUUUACUAAUUUGUCACCUAUCAUCAUCAACAUCAUUAUUGUUGUUAUUAUUAUUAUUAUUAUUAUUAUAACAAUUACUGGUACAUUCUUAUUAAAA